AGGAACACAAUUACCUACACAGUAGUAAAGUAUCGAAGCAUGAAUAUUGACGGAACGCAGACGAUAAGAUCAUGCAAUAUAUUCAGGCCUCUUCCGUUCUAUCGAUGCCGCUGCGAUCGAUACCGGAUAUGCGGCAGGGUUUGAUUUGAUGCCGUGAUGGCUGCAUCCCCUGUAACAUGGGCUCACCUCCGUCUGUAUGUGUCCGAUUUCUUCCCAAUAUUUUCGUCAUCCCUUCCACUCUUCCUCAGCGCACGCUCGCAGAGUAGCACCUCACACCAUGAGACCACUCGCUUCACUAUGUCUUCUAUCGCACCUAGCCGCAGCGCAAAUGAUCGGUCAAUACAGCAAUAAUGGCAAUCAAAGCUCAACCGGCAUCUCUACAAUUAACGGCCGCAUCUUCACCCCCGGCCUCGCCAUCCUUGACUCGCCGCAGCCAAAUACCCCUAUGGGCGGUGACUUUCUGCACGUCGCACUCGACAUCUCCGGUGACGGCGCGCUACCCUUCCCGCCAUCUUCUAACCCCAGCGCCACAACACGUCUCCACAACAUCACGCUCUUCCUUACCAGCACUACCCUCAAUAAAAACUUCACGAUCUCGAAUGGGACGAGUAAUAUGCCACCGUUAUCCAAUAUCCUCGAGCAAGAGGAAGGUUCGACGGUCAAACAUGUGAACUUCGAGUGGCCGUUGUGUCUUGUCGGCGACGGCAAAAACACGCGGGGUUCAGCGAGGGGAGUGUAUAAUAUCUCGAUUCACCAGUCUUUCCGGCUAAAUGGCAGCGACUUCUAUACGAUUUUCAACCUGCCGAUUAGUGUCACGAACACGAUUGAGCAGUUCCCCAGUGCACAGCAGUUGCUUACGGAUCCGAGGCCGGGGCCAUUGAGUGAGAACGGUGGCAGGAUGGAGUGUGGAAUGUUGGAGAAUAGCGUGUUGGGGGAGGGUGAGUUAGUGGCAAGCGUGAGGAACCCGGAUGCACAGUCAUUCGGUGGUUCAGGUCAAUUGGAGAUUGGAGACACAGAUAGUAGUAGUGGCCAGACUGGUGGAUCCGGUGGAUCAAGUGUGACUCCAAGUGCGACCUCAAGUGGGAAUCAGAGCGGUGCGCUGGGCGCAGGCUCUGUGUCGAGAGCCAGUGUAGGAUGGACUCUGAUAACAGUCGCUCUUUCGACGUGGCUGCAAUGGUAAGACUUCUCCAACCAUUGCGAGUUCGUUGAAUAUGGGCACUCAGCGUUUUGGCCGUUGGCAACGUUGGCGCAAAAUUGGGGCCGUUGAACGGCCGUUGCACGACCAUGCCACGACUGUCAGCAACGGCCAGUCCAGGUCGGAUGUCAAAAACUUUUCCCAAUGUAGGACUGUUGUAGGGUAUUUAGCGCGCUAGUAAAGAUAACCCUAGGUAACAACACUAAGCUAUUAGCGUAGAUAGUUGCAAGAAUUAAUACCCAC